UUCUCUCUUCUUUCACACAGAAAUUCCAAAUUACCAUUGCAUUUCCCAUUUCAACGUUCUCACACAGAUCCCAAUUCCCAAAUCUUUUUCCUAGUUCAACCUUAAACUCAGUCUUUUCCAUGGCAACGGAAGAACCGACUGUCGUUGUGGAACCCGCACCCGAGCCUGCUGCCACCGAGUCUCCGCCGGAGGAGAAGGAGGAGCCUAAAUCUGAAGCCAAGGCUAAGAAGACCAAGGAACCCAAACCUAAGAAGGUUUCUAGGCCACGUAAUCCUCCAACUCAUCCUUCAUACGAAGAGAUGAUCAAAGACGCAAUUACCUCCUUGAAGGAGAAAACUGGUUCCAGUCAAUAUGCCAUUGCGAAGUUCGUUGAGGAGAAGCACAAACAGCUUCCCUCAAACUUCAGGAAGCUUCUUCUAUACCACUUGAAGAAGCUUGUUGCUGCUGGAAAGCUGGUCAAAGUCAAAGGCUCCUUCAAGCUUCCACCUACCAGGCCUGCCCCUUCUUCCCCUGCCAAGAAGAAGCCAGCAGCUGCUAAGCCCAAGCCUAAGCCCAAGCCCAAGCCUGCUGCCAAGGCCAAAGAUGCCAAGACUGCUAAGUCAAAGGCACCUGCUAAGGCAAAACCUGCUGCCAAGCCUAAGGCCAAGGCUCCAGCCAAGUCCAAACCUGCCGCAAAGCCCAAGGCUGCUCCCAAGCCUAAGGCUGCAGCUGCCAAGCCGAAGGCCACUAAGCCAGCCGCUAAGCCCAAGCCAGCUGCAGCCAAGCCCAAAGCUGCUAAGCCUGUUGCAAAGCCCAAGGCUAAGCCUGUGAAGGCUGCCAGGACUUCUACUAGGACUUCACCAGGGAAGAAAGCCCCUGCAGCUAAGCCCGCGCCGAAGAAAGUGGCGGCAGCUGCGAAGAAAACUCCAGUGAAGAGUGUGAAGCCCAAGAGUGUAAAGUCUCCGGCGAAAAAGGCUGCUACCAAAAGAGGGGGAAGGAAGUGAAGAGGUGGUGGUGGAUAGGGUUGUUUAGGGUUAGUGUUGUGAAGUUUAUUAUCCUUUUGGUGGUGUAGUUGGGGUUACAGAUGUUCCUAUAACAUAUGAAAUCGAUUUUAUGAAACCUUUGUUGUUUUUUUUU